AUGGUGCGACCGAUGCGUAAGGACGACCAAUGGAUGUAUAUCAGAGCAUUUCUGUACGUGACCGGGAUCCGUUACGUGGACGUUUCCGCCGAUAAAUUCAGCAUUAUAAUGUUGGUCUGUUUGAGUUGGAACGAUCCCAGAUUGAAAUGGGUCCCUCGGAGGUUCGCAAACAUUGAAAGUAUCCGAGUCUCCGCAUAUAGCAUAUGGACACCGGAACUGGUUCAGACGUUGUCCAUCGGAUCGAUAUCACAGAACAGAGAGUUUCCCCUGAGCGUCGAUUAUAAGGGAAAUGUCUCGGAUUGUAUGACGAGGGAGAUCGUUUCGAACUGCUAUAUGGACUUCUACAACUUCCCGUACGACACGCACGACUGUGAUCUCGCGUUGGAGUUGACAGGGAUGCGAAUCGAGAGAUUAGCCCUCGAAGUCGAUCCAGUGGAAUCUUACGAGGAGAAGAACGGCGAGUGGCAUCUCCUCUACAGAAACAUAUCCUUGGACCCUUCAGGCCCGAUGGUCCUAACGUUCUCCCUGACUCGCGCGAGCUCCCAUUACAAAGCAACGGUGUUCAUGCCAACCUUGGCAAUACUCCUCGCAUCGGUUGGUGCAUCUUGGAUCCCAUCUGUCCACAGUCGACCGCGCACUUCGCUGUUGGCGGGGCUGCUGUUGAUAAACGUCCUCCUCUCCCGACACACCUGCCGUCUCGUUGAAGGAACGCAGACGCUGCCUCGCAUCGUCCUUCUGCAGAACGGGUGUCUCGGAUUCCUCACAAUCGGCAUAAUCAGUAGUUGCGUGGCCGAGUUCGUUCACAGAACACAAUCUCAAUGGACAGCUUCCUUAAAGCAAAUGCAGGGCGUGGUCGACUAUUACCUUCUGCCAGCUGCUGGAAUCUUCCUUAUGGUGGUGAACCAGAUUGUUUCAUAG